GAUGCCAUCCGCACAGCUGUUAAAUCUGCUAAUCGGUACUCUCUACAAACAAUUCAUGGACAAACGUAUCGACAACUUCGAUGACUUUCACAUUGCUAUUUUGGAUAUAUUCAACACUGUCAACUCAGCAUUGCCAGGCAAACAUUACGAUGUACCAUCACGUAAAGAAGUUGAGGAAUGCUUUGCAAAUUGGAAAGAAAGUCCAGAGUCAGAAAGGAAGAAAAAGUUUGUUGAAUUCAUGAAGGAUAAAGUUAAGGUUAACAAGCUAGAUGACUACACCGUGAUAGCAGGAAUAUUGACACCUCCAGCAGCCAUGGCAGCUAAGAAAGCAGGAGAGAAUGUGCCACAGUUGAAGAUGAUCAAGGCCGUCCCUGAUGUACUCUUUGUGCCAUCGGUAACAGUUUUAGCCCUUAUGUCAGCCAAGCUUUCCAGAAAGAUGUUCAUGGGAAAAUUAGGAAACUCCACAUCUUGAAUACCCACAUAAAUACCAGGCUUAAAUGGUGCAUGAGUUAUGUGUUUUCUGCAAGACUGAUGUUAAAUGACACGAAAUUAUUUAC